CCUGAUUCUUUCUCUUGCUCCGCACCUCUGUUUGCAACUACCAAAACCAGGCAGGUCAGCCGUCUGCAAGGGCGUGCAUCCCAAAACCCUCACCCUCUGAUGGCCAACUGAGCGAAAAAGUUACCACCUUUACUCCCUCAAGUGAUCGCCUAGGCUAAUUGUCCAUAGCUACCUGGUCGAGCGAUCUAGAUCCGAGAGCAGAAUGAGUUGCAACGGAUGUAGAGUCCUGCGGAAGGGCUGCAGCGAGAGCUGCGUGCUGCGGCAUUGCCUGGGGGGGAUCGAGGGCGCGGAGGCGCAAGGCCACGCAACGCUGUUCCUCGCCAAGUUCUUCGGCCGCGCGGGCCUCAUGGGCUUCGUCACUGCCGUCGAGGAGGGCCAACGCCCAGCGUUAUUUCAGUCGCUGCUGUUCGAGGCGUGCGGGCGCACCAUCAACCCGGUCUUCGGCUGCGCGGGGCUGCUGUGGACGGGCCAGUGGCACCUCUGCGAGUCCGCCGUCGACACCGUCCUUCGCGGCGGCUCCAUCCACCCCAACGCCGCCAACGCAGCCGCGCCUGGAAGCGCCGCGACAACCGGCGCACUCAACGGCGCAGCGGCCUCCGCAGCAGCGCCUCCCCAGUCCACCGCGCUGCCUUCCGCGGCAGCCACCCUGCCGACGGCUAGCGCUGCGGUUGUGAUGGUCCCCACUCCCGCAUCCGCGCCCGCCACGUCCGGAACGACGUCCGGAACCACCGCCGUCGCCGGGGGCGCGUCCUCCCCGCCUCUCCCCGCCGCUGCCGCCGCCGGGUUGGCAAACCACCGCCUUGGGAUCUCCGCGUCGCCACUUCCGGCGCUUCCGGGCGCGACGGCGGCUGCUGCGGCGGCGGCGUCGGCGGGAUCGUCAAUGGUGCCGUUUGGGAUGCAUCCGGGACACGUGCAGCACUUGCAACAGCAACAGCACAUGCAGCAGCAACAGCAGCAGCAGCAGCAGCAGCAGCAGCAUCAGCAGCAGCAGCAGCAGCAUCAGCAGCAUCAGCAGCAGCAUCAGCAGCAGCAGCACCUGCAGCAGCAGCAGCAGCAGAUGAUGCAUCUGCAGCACAUGUACGCGGCGCAGUCCAUGUACCAGCCGGCGACCGCCGCCAUGUACCAGCAGACCAUGGGGAACGUCGCCAUGGGGUCCGCCGCAGCGGCAACUGCGGCCGCCAUGGAUAUGAUGCAGCCCGCCGCCACUAUGGCCUACUGGCCCUCUGCAGCGCCGGGCCCGCCGCCUUUUCCGGGCCUCUCCGCCCCCCCGGGGCUACUGCGCCCGGAGUGGCGCCCGGGAUGAUCGGCGCGGGGGUUGCGCCGCCGCCGCCGGGGAUGAUGCACGGGAUGACGAUGGGUGGGCUGCAGCCAAUGGUGUGCGGCCAGGUGGCGGGCAUGGGUCAGGCUCCGUUCAUGGCGGCAGGUCAGCCGGGUGGCCCUGCGGCGGAGGCGGCUGCAGCGGCGGCGGCGGCGUAUCAACGGGCGUUGUACCAACAGCAUUACGCGCAUCCGCAUGCGGCGGCGGCAGCUGCGGCGCAACAGCAGCAGAGUCAGCAGCAAGAUGCCAACGCGCAGCAAUCCCAAGAUCAACAGCAGCAGCAGCAGUCGGAGCAAGAUAUCGCGCAAGCGCAAGAGCAUUCCGCGCUGGCGCAAGCGAACUGCGCGGGAGCCCUUCCCGCGCUUGGCGCCCGCUCGUUCUGCCCCCCGACCGCCACCGCUACCGAUCCCCGCUCCGCCGCAUCGUGCGCGGGAGCGCGGCUCACGGGCAGAGGCGCAGCUGCCCCGGGCGGCGGACCCGGUGGCGGGGGGCUUUCCGCCAAGCCCCCCGCACACAUGGGGUUCGGCGGAGGCGCGUGGGUGGCGAGUUACGGGGGGAUAGGAGCGGGCGCGGGAGGGGGAGGAGGCGCAGCGAUGCUGAGCGGUUCGACUCCAAUGGGGGGGAUGUGGGAGGCUCCUGGGGGGAGCAGCGCGUUCGCCAUCCCCAUCCCCGCCGCCUUCCAGCCGCAGCCGUUCGCCAAAGCGGGCCUGCUGGCUGCGCCGCGGCUGUCGGGGUCAUCAGUGUGCCAGGCGGGGAGCCCGUCGGGGUGCCUGUCGCCUGUCACGAGCGGCACGAGCGGCACCAAGACGAGCCGGAGUCCCGAGGACACGAGCCCCUGUGGCAGCCCGCCGCUUGUGGCGCCCGUCGCGCGGCGGCCAAAGCUGGUGCACUCGCCGAUUUCUGCAGCUGCGAGAUUUGUGGCGCGCGGAGCGGGGGUGAACGGCCAUGGGGUGAAUGGCCCCCGUGCGGAUUUUGCGUCGGGAGUGGGAGGUGAAUGGGAAUCAAUGGGCUCCCCAAGUGCAGCAGAGGUACUUGAUGGACCGCCUCCACUUGCCGCCUUCUCUGCUGCUGCUUCAGAUGACAGCUCCAAGCAGCAACAGGGGCCAGGGGAGCAACAGCAACAGCAACAGCAGCAGCUGCAGCAGGAGCAGGAGCAACAGCAACAGCAACAGCAGCAGCAGCAGCAGCAGCGGCAGCUGCAACAACAGCAGCAGAAAGGGGAGCAGGCUGGAGGUCUGCUUCAGCUACUCUAAUGAGCAGAGUUACAUUGGGCUUCUAACUCACACUCUGCAGCUUUGGGCUUUCAAGUCCAAGCCCCCUGCAGUGUAAUUGACAUUCUGUGUGGAGAAGGAUGAAAGGCCAUUGAAUGGAUGUCACUGGGAGCUUCCUCGUAGAAUCAAGCCUUCUGCUGGAACCACGUGCACAGUGCUUCGUGGUUUGAACGUUCUGAGAAGUUAUGCUUAUCGUGUAGGCGUUCUUUUUGGCUUGACAGCUUUUCGUACAUAUUGGGGUGGGGAGUAACAUUUUUGCAGCUGUGAUGGGCUGCAUUUUAGAAUACGGGAUUGAUUGGGAAAUUGUUUUUAGUUCUCGGUGUUACGAUAUGCGCGACCACCUAGAAAUCAUGCCAGCGAGCAGGGCGCACUCCAUUCGCUGACAGC